UUCACACCAACCUAACAGCGUAAAAUUUAUAGAAUUGUCAAGCUGUAGUAAAAGUUAUUGGGCUGCAUGAUCGUAAAAUAUAAAAUAUACUUUUACCUUAGCAUUUGAAAGUAUUGGGUUUUUGUGUAUUUUAAGGGUGGAAAAUAGCCAUUCGUUUUAAUUGUAUUUCUAUAAUUACCAAUCUGAAAAAGGUAAUAAUUAUUGGUGAUUCAUAAUGGCGACUCCGUCAACCGGUGUAGUGGUUCCUCGAAAUUUUCGUUUGCUUGAAGAAUUGGAAGCAGGACAAAAGGGUGUCUCUGAUGGGACAAUUAGUUGGGGUUUAGAAAACGAUGAUGACAUGACACUCACGCAUUGGAUGGGCAUGAUUAUUGGCCCCCCUCGGACGCCAUACGAAAAUAGAAUGUACUCGGUAAAAAUUGAAUGCGGCCAGAAAUAUCCGGAUGAUGCACCAACAGCAAAAUUCAUAUCUAGAAUUAAUAUUAACUGUAUCAAUAGCAACACUGGUGUGGUGGACAACAGGCAGGUCCCUGUAUUAGCGAGAUGGCAGAGAGAUUACACUAUUAAAACGGUACUGCAGGAGUUGCGCAGACUAAUGACGUUGAAAGAGAACAUGAAGCUAACACAGCCUCCCGAGGGUAGCUGCUUUUAGCCCUUAGGUGAACGGAGUACGUCCCUUUUGCCCUCUGUCGCAACCUGUCCUAUAAAUGUGGAUACCUGCACUACCCAGUCAUGUCGUCUGCUCUAGCGAAUCCUACUUUCAAGGUUUAUACAGUUGUACCUACUUUCAAAAAUAUCACACCCGUAAUUUUCGUCAUCGUGGAUUUUUAAAAAGUCGCAGCAAACGUUCACAGUCAACAGGAGUGUACAGCUUUAUAAGCCCGACCGCUAAAUUAUUUUUAAGUCUUAUACAUUAUUAUAUUUGUUGUAAGUUUAUAUCGUCAAGCAUUUAUAGGCUGUACCGCUUAUACAAUUUAUGUUCAAAAUAAAUGUAGGAUGUGUUGCCAAUAACUGAGCAGGUUUAUUUUUAUUAUUAACGUUGAACAACUUUGUGAUUGUAAGGUAUAAUCAAAUACAUACAUUUGUAACUA